AUGUUGGAUCGUCCUGCGGCAGAGAACCGUCAAAAUGAAGAGGAUUCCCGAUUGAUGCUCUCUCGCGAACAGGUUCGCCAACAUCGUGAAGAAGAGAUUGAAGUAAUUGCCACGGACGAUUUGCUUGCGGAGGCCGUGGAAGAAGUAGGUGAUCUAACGGAAGGACGAGAGUACGUGUACCAAUACGACAACAUGGUUCAUACGCAGCAUGAUCAAAACAUUAUUUUCCAGCUCUAUCAACCAAUAGAAACAGUCAACGGCACAUUUUUGUGUAGAAUCUGCAUGGAACUUGGUGACACGAUCGAAUUUGAAUCCAAAGCGGAUUAUGCUCAUCAUCGUUACAAAGUCCAUGGGUCAUAUAAUAACAAUCACAUAUGCCCUGUUCUACACUGCCGAGAAAUAUACGCAUCCAUGACAGUUUUGAGGAAACAUCUCGUUAUUGACCACAAGAUGCCCAUUGAAAUGCAUUUUCGAACGUUUGCCAACAUUGGCGAGUUUGAACGUUUUCGCCAUUUGGUGGAGAUUUUGUGUAAUUGUCGAUUCAUGAUGCAUACAAAGCAACCGCACAAUAAGCGACAAAUCAUGCAUUGCUCAAAGAGCGAACACAAAAUCAUUCUGCAAUCGCGAAGGCACAAAUUACCUCAUGUUCGAAUGAUGAAGGAGGGAGCACAGUGUCCUGCUCACAUCUCUUUCAGGAUCGAUUCAAAGACUGGACAGGUGGACGCUUUCUACCAGCUAUUUCAUUAUGGGCACGCUCGAGAGUACCGUGAUCCCACCGAAGAUGGAUUGGAAUUUGACUGCGAUUCAAUGCCCAAUCGGCCAAUUGAUGUAGUUUUCCCUGAGGCACCCGAUCAUCCGGCUGACCGGCCAAUGCAAUAUGUGCAGAUUGAUCUGCUUAGCGCUGACAGCUGUGUCUAUGUAAAUACCAUAUAUUCGCAUAUUUUGGUUAUGACAGAUAUAAAGACAGGAUUUAUAUUCGCGAAGCCAAUUCCUGAAAGUGGACCACGACAACUACUUAUCCGAAUCUUAACCGAUAUAUUUCUUCACUGCAGUCAUUCCGUGACUUUAAUACGUGACGUGAUCAAUGCUCUUAAGACACCUGAUUACAACGCUUUCUUGGAAACACUUUAUGACCAUGCGGCGUUUGAACUUCAAAGUAAACACAGAUGGGUCGAGAUGGUUCAGUUCACCACAAUGAUACUGAAUCAGUCAGGAAAGAAGUCUCAACGUCAGCGUAUGUUCAAUCGAAAACCCUACAAUCUCUCUGGCCACAAAGUUCCUCCGUGGUUACAAGGGGAAGAUCUUUCUGUUGACAAACCGAGGAUGAGCAUAUUGAUGUUGAGCUGGACGAACAGGAUGAAGAACAGGCCGAAAGCGAGGAUCGGUUUGCAUCAGCUCCACCACGUUAUAACGCUGCUGCGCAAUUUGGAUACCGUACCUGGGCGAGGAAAUGUGCUUCCGUAUUUGUAUGGAUAUAUCGGUGCUACCGAUUGGGAGAAUAGUCCACAUUUUCCUUACCGAGUCCAUUUUUCCAAAAGCAAGGUCCCUUGGCCGUCCGAAAGUUCAGUGAGUGCAUGGGUCAGCCCUUACGAUGUUCUUCCAACUACUCACGAUUUACUUGUGAUUCCUGACGAAGAGCGUCAACGUGUGGCGACCGCUUUACUUUGUUCAUGUGAUAGUGGCGAGUACGGUUCACCAUGUCCUCUUUUUCGUAGCUACCUUUGCGGAAAUGGCAUGGCAAAGGCGUGUUGUUUGAAUUCCCAAAAACCAUGCGACUAUCAUUUGGUAUGUGCCGACGGAGACGACACUUACUAUCGUAUGGAAUCGAUAUCUAAGUUGUACGCAGAGGGUCAGCCCAGAACCAAGCAAGCCAGACGCAAAAUACCCUCCCUGGCUCCAGAGAAUUCCACCACUUGUGCAGGUCGCAGUGAUGCUGUUGAUAUGCCAGUGCUAACAAGUGAAAGUAUUCCGGUGGUAUCUACGAUUGUUAUUGAGAAUGAAGAUCGGAAGUUCGUUCCCGCGCUGUCAAGAAACGCGCUGUCAAGAAAAAUAGAUAAAGAUAACGCAGCUGACAGGACAAAG